AUGCGUAAUUUUGAUUGCCUUGAACGACCACUUUCACAACUUUUCUAUCGUUAUGGCAGAUUUAUUGCCUUUAAUCCAUUACCUUUAAUAUUUUUUCCUCUUUUCAUCACCAUUUUUGCCAUUUCUGGAUUUAUUUCCUUAAAUUCAAUUACUGACGCUAUUUAUCUUUUUACACCGGCAAAUGCACUAUCAAAAACUGAAAGACAAAUUAUUCAUGACAAAUGGCCACUUUUUAAUGGAAGUUAUAUUCCAGGAAGAGCAGUUACACAAUCAAGGGAAAUACAGGUAACUGUGAGCACAAAAGAAUUGGGAAAAAAUAUUUUGACAAUGCCGUAUUCUGACAUGGUUGUUGCUUUGGACAAACAAAUUCAACAGGAUGUUAAAGUUGAAUAUAAGGGACGUAUAUUUGGAUAUAAGGAUUUGUGUCUUUCUGGCAGAAAUCACGUUUGUCCAGGAAAUAAACAUAUAGGGUUGCUUUCUGGAUUAUUUCAACAUGGAGUAAAUAUGACAUAUCCGAUGAUUAAACUUGGAGGAGUGCGUUAUUAUAUCGGUGCAAGUCUUGGGGGUGUUACUGUUGGUUAUGGACAAAAUAAUGAAAUGAUUCUGAGAGGAGCUCAUUCGUGGUUAAUGAUCUACCAUUUACAAUUUUUUCCACCAAAUGUUUCUCACUUGUCUGGUUUAUGGGAAAAACAAUUUCAAUUGCUAAUGCAAAAUUAUUCAAAUCCGUUUAUUACUGUUACUUAUUUUCAUUCACAGACCCUAGCUGAAGAACUUAAAAGAAAUGCAGAUUCCCUCAAACCUCGAUUUAUUCUUGCCUUUUUUAUUUUACUUUUUUUCUCUGCACUCUGCAAUAUGUCCACAUGCAGGAAAAGUUGGUAUAUUGAUUGGGCUGUCUCUAAACCCGUACUUGCCAUUCUCGGAGUUAUAAAUGCAGGAAUGGGAAUUGUGACAGCAAUCGGUUAUUUAAAUUUAUGUUCAAUGCCCUACAAUGACAUUGUUGGUGUAAUGCCUUUUUUGGUUGUUGCUGUCGGUGUGGACAACAUGUUUUUGAUGAUUGCUGCUAUUCGUCGUACCAACCGGGCCUCUUCCGUACAGCGCCGAAUGGGUGAAGCUAUGAGCGAUGCUGCUAUUUCAAUGUUCAUCACAGCAUUGACUGAUGCUCUUUCUUUUGGUGUUGGUGCAAUAACAAGCAUUCCAGCUGUACAAAUAUUUUGUAUUUAUACCGGUGUUGCUAUUGCUGUUACAUUUAUCUAUCAGAUAACCUUUUUCGCUGGACUUCUUGCCCUUUCUAUUCAUUGGGAAUCAAAUGGAUUACAUUGCAUAUUUUUGAGACCAACUGUUCCAGAGGAUAUGGAUGCCCAAUCCUCUUUGAUGACACGAUUGUUUUGGUUAGGCACUGCUCAUCAUCCAGACCCGAAGAAACUUGAGCUCAAUCUGAGAGAUUCUAAACCUGCUCAUUUCUUUCAAAAUUGGUUUGCCCCAAUCCUUAUGCAGCCAUUAAUUCGUGGAUUGGCCAUCGUCUGGUUUGGUGUUUAUCUUAUUUUUGCAAUCUAUGGUUGUACCCAAUUGCGUGAAGGACUUGAACCAAUAAAUUUGCUAGUUCGUGAUUCUUAUGCAAUUCCUCAUUACCGAGUAUUGGAAAAAUAUUUUUGGCAUUAUGGCGCUAUUGUCCAGGUUGUAGUUAAUAAUGCACCAGAUCUUGGUGAUCCUGAGGAGAGACAGCGAAUUCGUUCAAUGGUUCAUGCAUUUGCUAAUACUCGUCACACAAUUGGGGAUGAUUCUGUUCAAUUUUGGAUGAAUGAAAUGGAAUGGUAUUAUAGCGAUCCAAAACAUGGAAUUGCUGGAGAAGGGUUUGAUAUGUCAAAUGUGACUUCAGAUGAGACAUUUUAUGGGCUGGCUAAGCAUUUCUUUUCGGCAAAACAGACAGAGAAUUGGCCAGAGGAUAUUAAAUGGGGAUGGCUUCCAGAGAAAGGAUUUUAUCGAAUAAAUUCAUUUCGGUUUAUGCCGCUUUGGCUAUUUACUGACCAAUAUGCUUUAGUUGUUCCUAAUACUAUUCAAAAUAUUGUUAUUGCAAUGGCUGUAAUGGUUUUUAUUGCUCUAUUGUUAAUUCCACAACCAUCUUGUGCUUUUUGGGUUGCUUUGGCUAUAGCUAGUAUUGAUAUUGGGGUUAUUGGUUUUAUGACUUUAUGGAGUGUAAAUUUGGAUGCCAUUUCAAUGAUUACAAUAAUUAUGUCUAUUGGAUUUUCUGUUGAUUAUUCAGCACAUAUAACUUACGGUUAUGUAUGUUCUACACGGUCUACGCCACGUGAAAAAAUUCGUGAAGCGUUGGGAGCUUUGGGCUGGCCACUCACUCAAGGGGCUAUUUCUACAAUAUUGGCAGUUGUGGUUUUGGCAGAUGUUCCCGCUUAUAUGAUUGUUACUUUCUUUAAGACAGUUUUUCUCGCUAUAACCUUGGGACUACUUCAUGGACUUGUUUUCCUUCCGGUUGCUUUGGUGCUUUUUGUACGUGGAUGUUGUACUGGUAACACUCAUGUUAUUCAAGUAAAUUGA